GUCUGACUGCACCAAUGACAAGCAGCUUGGGGUCACAGUUGAAGGGUUAAAUCCAACAUGGCGGCGAACAAACGAGUGCUGUAUGUUGGUGGACUAGCAGAGGAGGUGGAUGAGAAGGUGUUGCAUGCAGCGUUUAUUCCGUUUGGAGACAUCACAGACAUCCAGAUACCAUUAGACUAUGAAACAGAAAAGCACAGAGGAUUUGCGUUCAUUGAAUUUGAAUUGGGAGAGGAUGCUGCAGCAGCUAUUGAUAAUAUGAAUGAGUCCGAGCUUUUUGGACGAACUAUCCGGGUCAACACUGCCAAGCCCAUGAGAAUCAAAGAAGGCUCUUCUCGACCAGUUUGGUCGGACGACGACUGGCUAAAGAAGUUCUCUGGUAAAACCACAGAGGAGGCUGAGGGCGAGGGCGCCACUGGAGAAUCAACCAACACUGCAGCACAGGAGGACGAGCCUCCCGCUAAAAAAGGCAGAGUUAAUCCUCAGGUCUACAUGGACAUCAAGAUUGGAAACAAGCCAGCAGGGAGGCUACGCUUUCUUCUUCGGGCUGACAUUGUUCCCAUGACUGCAGAAAAUUUCCGCUGCUUGUGCACACACGAGAAGGGAUUUGGCUUCAAAGGCAGCAGCUUUCAUCGUAUCAUCCCUCAGUUUAUGUGCCAAGGAGGUGACUUCACAAACCACAACGGCACCGGCGGCAAGUCGAUCUACGGCCGGAAGUUUGACGAUGAGAACUUUGUCCUCAAACACACCGCUCCAGGACAGCUCUCCAUGGCCAACUCUGGGCCAAACAGUAAUGGCUCUCAGUUUUUCAUCACCAAUGAUAAAACCGACUGGCUUGAUGGCAAGCAUGUGGUGUUUGGAGACCUGGUGGAGGGGAUGGAUGUGCUCCGUUCAAUGGAGGCUCAGGGAUCAAAAGAAGGCAAAACGAAGCAGAAAGUUAUCAUCUCUGACUGUGGAGAAUAUGUGUGAAUGUGAAGACUGUGUGCUAGUUUGUACGUGUCUAUGGAGACAGUGCAUGAAUGAGAGAGCAGGAGUUUGUUAUUGGUCUUUUGUACUUUGUAAUGUAAAUAUUUCAAUAAACUCCCACUUUUUUAUUAAAGAAUCAAAAUCCAA